AUGGGCAUCAGUAAGACCUCUUUGAUUUCUGUAUCUGAUGAUACCUGUCAUGAGUAUUCGAGGAGUUAUGAUGAUUAUAUGAUUGUGGCCUUGGCUAAUUUGAUGCAUGCGGAUGAUUCGAUUGAUGAAUUGGAUAGCUUUAUGUAUCAAACUUUUGUCUUCUCUUCUAAUUUCAUCAUCUCCCCUUUCCGCACCUUAUAUCUGAAUUCUUCCGUUUUCCUUGGAUUGACUGGAUUACUCUCCUUCCCUUUUCUGAUUUGUUCAAUUGCAGUGGGUGUUGAGCCUGAUGAGGCCAGACUUCAGUUGUUCUUUGACCAGGUUUCUGGUAAAGACAUCACAGAACUAGUUGCUGCUGGAAGAGAAAAGCUUGCCUCUGUCCCUGCUGGUGGAGGUGCAGUUGCCGUGUCAGCUGCUCCUUCAGGUGGUGCAGGUGCUGCUGCCGCAGAGGCUCCAAAGGAGGAGAAGAAGGUUGAAGAGAAAGAAGAGUCAGAUGACGAUAUGGGUUUCAGUCUCUUUGACUAAGUGGGAAGGAGCUGAUGUUUACAGCAAGUCUUUGCAUUUUAAAUAUAGCUCAAGUUUUGUUUGCUAUUUGGAAAUGUUCUAGAUUUAUUUUGAGAUUUUAAGUUUCUUUCUAGCUAAUCAGUGACUGAGGCAUUGGCAGACAAUUAGUUAUAUUGAAUUAUGUGUUAAAUGGUGUUGAUCCAAUAUAUAUCAGCUUUUGGCAUCCUUUGACAUUCUAUUAAUGCAUAAUUGCAUCUUGUUUUAACCUCAAGUCCUUUUUUCAUGAAUCCUUCUUAAUGGAUAAAAUCAGAUUUAUUUACAAGAUGAUGGGUGCUUGAUCAUUUUAAGUGUUUUGUUUUACUAGUUAUGAACAAUCAAUAGUCCUGCAUAUCGUUUCUACCUGUGUAAACUAGCCUUUUACAAUGCUGCAAAUUUGUGAAAAUGAAAUUUAUAUUUGUUUGGAGAGAAA